AUGAAACUAUGUAACUCACACAACAAAAGUGACAAUAUUCCUGUCACUCCUCAGAAAUGUCCCAGCUCUGCGGGUUUCCAUAUUCAGGAGAAUGAAGAAGGCCAUUACGAGUCGCAGCGCCGGGUUACCUUUCACCUCCCCGACGGCUCCCAGGAAAGCUGCAGUGACAGUGGUCUUGGAGACCAUGAGCCGGUGGGUAGUGGAACCCUGAUCUCACACCCUCUUCCUCUGGUUCAGCCACAGGACGAAUUCUAUGACCAGGCCUCUCCGGACAAGAGGACCGAAGCAGACGGCAACUCUGACCCCAACUCUGAUGGGCCUCUGGGCCCCCGAGGAUUAGCUGAAGCUACAGAGAUGUGCACUCAAGAGUGCUUGGUUUUGGGUCACUCUGAUAAUUGCUGGAUGCCUCCUGGCUUGGGUCCAUAUCAACACCCUAAAUCUCCUCUCUCAACCUUUGCACCCCAAAAAGAAUGGAUCAAGAAGGACAAGCUUGUGAAUGGGCACACCCUGACCAGAGCCUGGAAAGAAGAGAGCAACAGGAACCAGUUCAAUGACCGUAAGCAGUAUGUCUCCACUGAAGGCCAUUUCAACAAUGGCAGCCACAUGACAGACAUUCCUUUGGCAAAUCUGAAGUCUUAUAAGCAAGCAGGAGGUGCUAUUGAGAGUCCUAAGGAGCACCAACUCUAAAGAAAAAGGCCAUAUGGGACCUAAGGACUUUAAUCUAAAUAGACAUGCUAAUACCGUGUGUGUCAGAGCUUUAUGUAUUCAAUAGAUCUCUACAACUAUGCCCCUUAGAGCAGGGAUACCCAUAAUUUUGUGUUGGCACCAUGGAGGAUACAAUGUUUUAUCACAUGAGAGAAGAUAGUUCUACUAGCCAUAUGAUCUUAUUUACUAGGAUUGAUUAAACUUUCCAGAAGUAUCUCCAUUGUGCAAAUAUCUUUUUUUAAAUUGCAUUUUGUUUUGACCCUGGACUGCUGCUAUGAAUAAUAGAAUAUGCAUUUGGAGAGUAAGGAAGUUCCAUGGAUUAGAGUGACUGACAGACAUAUCCAGUUAGAAAAUUGUGCUCUUUUUGUCACUGAUCUGUGCUGAGACUGCUAUACUUGACAUUAUACUUCAAACAAAACUUAAAAAGAUAAGCAUUAAACCUAUUGUGCUGUUAACAACAUUAGUGGACACUUGUAAGUCAAUCAGUGUUAAAGUAUUUGUAAAUAGAAGCAAGUUAUUAUUAACAACUUUUAUGUACUUAUAUCGUUCACCUAAAAAUGUUGUAGCAUAAUUCUGUGUUUUAUGGUUGCUUCUUUCCUUUUUUUGUUUGCCUCUUUGUUGUUAUUUUUGUUGUUUCUUUUAGUGAGGUGUUUCUGCGUUAGUAGUCUGUCUUGACACACAUUGUUCAAAAGAUCUCAAAUACUUGUGUUUAAAGAAAAGGUUCUGGAAUCUUCCUUCUUUUAUGAUAGCUUAUGUUGCUGGAAUUCUAAAAAAUAAAGAUAAAAAUGAAAACUUCAUAUAUAAAAGGACUUCUGCAAAAGCUUGAAAAUUCAGAACCUAUUUUCUUGACAUCCUUAUUUUCAAAGUAGGCGAAAGCAAAAUCACUUAUUUAGUAGCAUUAAGUGAGAUACUAAUGGGAAAGUGUUAUCUUUCAGAAAGUGAAGUAAUAUCCUGUGCUUGUCACUCAUGCAGAAUUAAUAUAUUAAAUUAGCAUAUAUUAAAGAAAAAUUAAUAUUCAAAAUAGUUUCAAUUGGGCAAAUGUGUGUCUACAACUUUGUUGAAAUGACAGUUUGUGUUGGUCCUCAUAUAUAAUAAUGUUGUUGUAACACAAGUGUUAGACCAUAGCCACAAAAUAUUUAAUGUGUUGUGCCUUCAUGAUGUAACAGAACAUUCUCCAGGUAGGCUAGUUGGGGGAAAUUAAGGGAUAAAUCUCUAAUUAUUGCUGUUUAACUGUUUGUUAUCAUAGUUGGUCAAUGCCUGGCAGGUACCAGCAUCUUGUCACUUAGGUCAAACCAACAGAGUGACAACUAAUGUUAAUAAGAUCUCAGUUGCACGUGCAAACAAAUCCAAAUUCGAACAUUCUUAGGAGGUUUUUGUUAAGGCAUGACAGAUGAUUUAAACAAAUAAAUAGCAUGCAACAAAAUGUUUUUACUGAAAGAAGUGAAAGUUAUCUUAAUGCCACGGUUCAACAUCAGCUUAAAAGUUAAAAAAAAAUAAAAUAAAAUAAAAAUAAAAAAAUGGUUUGCUAAUCUGAUAGAUAAUUUGUUCUUACCAAAAAUAAAAUUACUUUGUAAAUAGCAAUUCACAUUUUUUCCACAGUAUAAUGGAAAAUAAUGGGUAGGGGUGCAUUGCUUAUUGCAGUACAUAUUUGUCGGUUUGUGAGGGGUGUUUGAUGACUUUGACAGAAUAAAUAUCUAAACAAUUAUCCUUGUUACUGCUUUGCCAGUUCUACGUUAUUUACAAUUAUUCAGCUCUUGCAAUAAAUGUUCUGAAUUCCUGAC